AUGGACAUGGAUACAGACACCCAUCCUGAUUCGGGGACGCUUUUUCGACCGCCGGCGAAGAAAAGAAAGUUCCUACGACGCCGUGCUGAGGACAUACCGGAGGAUCGCGCAGACGACACACUCCCAGUUGCGCCUCGGUCUCGGUCCCGAUCUCGAUCGCAGUCCCCACGAAAUACGCCGCGAGAUGCUACGGCCACGUCCGACUUCCUUCGCCGGCGACGGCUCCAUCGAGCCCGCAAAGGUGGUAUCGAAUUCUCCGCCACCUCGCGGCAAACGACAGAUACGGCGAACCAGUCUGCCCUAUCUUCAGCAACUACGGAAGAGCUCGAGGCAGAGAGAAUUCAAACGAUGUGUGAUCGGUUUACUGCUCAUACAGGACAAACCGUGGACGUUGACAGGCACAUGUACGGAUCCGCGCAUUGGUUUUCAGCCCACGUUUCUCAUCCCGCCUUGCAAUGGAAGCUAACAAGAUAA